AUGGCAUCUGCUUCGACGGCAUCAAACAGCCAGCCCGGUGCUGAGAAUGGGCAGCAGCCCGUCGCUAUUGUAUGCGUCGGCAUGGCCGGGUCGGGCAAGACGACCUUCAUGCAACGCAUCAACGCCCACCUCCACGGACAGAAGGACCCGCCAUACGUGAUCAACCUCGAUCCAGCCGUCCUGAACGUCCCUUUCGACAGCAACAUCGACAUCCGAGACAGCGUCAACUACAAGGAGGUGAUGAAGCAGUACAACCUGGGCCCAAACGGUGGCAUUCUCACGUCCCUUAACCUCUUUGCGACAAAGGUAGAUCAGAUCCUCGGCCUCCUCGAGAAACGCACACAGCCCGAUCCCGCCAACCCGAAUCGGAAGCCGAUCCACAACAUUCUGGUCGAUACGCCAGGUCAGAUCGAAGUCUUCGUGUGGUCCGCAUCGGGGACGAUCUUGCUCGAGAGUCUGGCCUCGAGCUUCCCUACCGUCAUAGCAUACAUAAUCGACACGCCGCGGACAAGCUCGACGUCGACCUUCAUGAGCAACAUGCUCUACGCCUGCAGUAUCCUCUACAAGACCAAGCUUCCCAUGAUCCUCGUCUUCAACAAGACCGAUGUCAAAGACGCCAGCUUCGCCAAGGAAUGGAUGACGGAUUUCGAGGCAUUCCAGGCUGCGCUCCAAGAUGAUGAGAAUAGCAACGCAUUCGGCGGGGCAGAAGGCGGCGAAGGUGGGGGCAGCGGGUACAUGGGAAGUCUGCUGAACAGCAUGAGUCUGAUGCUGGAAGAAUUCUAUGCGCACCUUAGUGUAGUCGGUGUGAGCAGCAUGACAGGCGCCGGUGUCAACGACUUUUUCGAGGCGGUAGCCGAGAAGGCUGAGGAGUUCAAGAGGGACUACCAACCGGAGUUGGAGAAGAAGAGGAAGGAGAGGGAAGAUGCGAAGCGGGCGACAAGAGAGAAGGAGCUUGACAAGAUGAUGAAGGGCAUGUCUAUGGCUGGUCUUGCUACAGACGAAAAGAAGGAUGGGGACGGCGAUAUCGAUGUUGUCAGCGAUCAGGACUCGGAAGAUUACGACGACGACGAGACAGACCGCGCGGGCUUGCAGGCGAGGUAUGAGUCGGCAAUGGAGGGCGGCGAAGAAACACUAAGUCAGGAGGCCAGCUUUGCAAAGUUUCUACACCAACAGCAGAAACAAGGCUAG